GACGCAGUCCAGCUGACUGAGUUCCUGGAAAGUUCCUAGCACCUGCAAGCAGUCAAAGGCGCCAGUGAGCUAUGUCGGAGAUCCUGUGCCAAUGGCUCAACCAUGAGUUGAAGGUGUCCCGGACCGUGAGUCCCAAGUCAUUUGCAAAGGCAUUUUCUAAUGGCUAUUUAAUUGGAGAAGUUCUGUUCAAGUUUGAACUUCAGAGUGAUUUUUCAGAAUUUUCAGAAAGCAGGGGUUCAACUGCCAAACUUAAUAACUUCUCCCGCUUGCAACCAACGCUUCACCUGCUGGGCGUGCAGUUUGAUCAGAAUGUGGCUCAAAGCAUCAUCACAGAGAAGCCCGGGGCAGCAACCAAACUUCUAUAUCAGUUGUACAUUGCUCUUCAGAAAAAGAAGAAAACAGGGCUGACCGGAUUAGAGAUACAAACCAUGCAACCCCAGACAAACUUGAGGCUUCAGACCCUCAAAAGUGAGGCUUUUCGAGAGAGACUUAAAAACCUGAUACCACGCCAAACCGAUUUCAAUCUGAUGCGGGUUACAUGCAGGUUUCAAGAAAAGUGUAAACAAAUGAAAGAAGAUCUUGCCCGAAUGCAUUUUGAGAAGUUCGAAAAAAUUCAAAAACUUGAGGAAGAGCAAAGACACUUUAAUAUCGAAAAGCAACGCUUAAACAGAAGACGACAAAAUGAGAUAAUGGCCAAAAUCCAGGCUGCCAUUAUACAGAUCCCCAAGCCUGAAUCCAACCGGACUUUGAAAGCUAUUGAGGCUCAAAAACUGAUGAAAAAGAAAAAGGAGGCAGAGGACGUGGCCAAUGAGAUUAAGAAAUUUGAAGCACUAAUAAAAAAGGAUCUCCAAACUAAAGAAAGUGUAUCCAAGACUUCUUUAGAAACAACAGACCAGACAACUACAGAACUGCUCAACACCUAUUCAGAUGACGACUACAUUAAAAAGAUCCAGAAGCGCCUAGAAGAAGAUGCUUUUGCCCGUGAGCAAAGGGAAAAAAGACGACGGAGACUGUUGAUGGACCAGUUAAUGGCCCAUGAAGCACAGGAGGAGGCCUAUCGGGAGGAGCAGCUUAUCCACCGGCUCAUGCGCCAGUCCCAGCAGGAGCGCAGGAUUGCGGUGCAGCUCAUGCACGUUCGCCAUGAGAAGGAAGUUCUGUGGCAAAAUCGAAUUUUCCGAGAGAAACAAUUUGAAGAAAGACGACUUAAGGAUUUCCAGGAUGCUCUUGACAGAGAAGCGGCUCUCGCCAAACAAGCCAAGAUUGAUUUUGCAGAGCAAACCUUGAGGGAGAAGGAAAUUCAUGAGAAGAUCUCUGUGGAAAGAGCCCAAGAGCGUUACGAGAAGCAUUAUGGGAUAUGUGCAGAGAUUUUGGAUCAAAUACUUGAUUUGUGCACGAAGGUGGCAGACUAUAGGUUGCUGACAAAUAAUCUUAUUCCACAUAAGAUGAUGCAUGAUUGGAAAGAGCUGUUUUUUAGUGGAAUUCCCAUAUAUGAACAGACUUCUCUUACACAUGGACAAACAGAACCCACUGAGGACCAACGUGUAGAAAUGAAGAAAAGGAACUUACUCGAUAAGAAGGAUUAUGAAGAAUAUAAGGUACAUACUAAUAUGUAA